AUGGGGUCCGUGGUAGCCGUCGAUGCACUGGCAGGCUCCUGUCAGCGCGUCGCAGGGCUCGUUGUGGGCACAGUUGCAGCGCUGUUGGCAGUCGAGGCCGAACCAACCGACGGGACAUGCAAAGCUGCACCGCUCGCCGUAGAAGCCUGCCGGACUCGCAAUCAGUCAACGGGAAGGUCGGGCGCGGAGGACGGAAGAGGCGUCGAACACAAAGUCGAGGUUAUGAGUCGCAAAGCAAAAGAGCGACGAGAAGACGGAGGAGCAAGCGAAGAAGAAUGA